AUUUAUGGCUUAAAAUUUUCACAAUAACCUUCCAAAAGAGUUUGAAGGAUUUCUAUAUGAAAUGAAAUCUAAUGUUUAAACUAAAUAAUAAGCAUUAAAUGAAAGAAUUCAAGAGGCAUAGAAAAAGUGUAUUGAAGGAAAGAAAGAAUAAGACUUUUUAAAGUGUUACACUAAAUUACAAAAGUCCUUAGAGAAGAAUGAAGCAUUAUUUUGUAUGACGACAUGAUUUAUCAAAAGAAUUUAAGAUGAUAUAUUGGAGAGAGACAUCAGCAUAAUGUUUUAAGAAUUAAGAAUAAAAAGGAGCAGGAACAGAAUAAUGUAAGACAGAUUCAAAGAAACUAAUAGAGAAUAUCUUUGAUUCCUUUAAAAUAUGAAUAUAAUGAG